UGGACAAGUAGAUGAAGGAUCAACUAAGUGUCAGCAGUGGUAAUUUAGUGGACUUAACAAACUUUUGAUUUAUAAUGUACCAGUAAAAUGCAGUUCAUCAAUAUUAGAUAAAUAUACGAAGAAAAUACUAUUACAGACAGAACUAAUGAUUGACUGGGAAGUACCUAUAGGUUACCAAUCAGAACUAUCAGAGGUGUUCAAAAUCCGAUAAUGAUGUCGUAUGAACAAACUAUUGAAAUUAAAUUGAAAAGUAAUAUAAGAGACAAUGCUUGUCCUUGGUUGGAUCAUUCGAACUGUUGAUAUCAGCUGGAAGUAUGGAUGUUGCGAGGUUAUUUAACGUUGUAGAACUAUUCACAUGGAACAUAGAAUUAUUGAUGAUUAUUUUCCGUGAUUGUAUGGAUACCUGAUAGUUUAAAAUAAUGUCUUCGUUGCUCGGACAAACAUUUUUCGUCUUUUCUGUUGUUUUCUCUAAUAUUGAAGUGGCUGAAUUGUCUAAAGAGAAAACGCUGAUAAAAAAGCUCCUUAACAACUACCAGGAAAUAGGAGUUAUGGGUCGACCUGUUGUUUCUCAGAACGAUGUACUAAAUGUACAGUAUGGAUUGAGUUUAAUACAAAUACUUGAUUUAGAUGAGAGGAAUCAAGUUCUUAAAACAAAUGUAUGGGCAACAUAUCAUUGGAAAGAUAUUUAUAUGUCAUGGGAUCCACUAGAAUAUGACAACAUCACUAAAGUGAGGGUUCCCAUGGGGAGUAUCUGGCAACCAGAUAUCAAACUUUAUAACUAUGCAGACGAAAGGAGAGAGGAAAAGAGAGAAGCCUUGUUAGUAGUGUCGUAUGAUGGUGGCAUUCAGUGGAUACCCCAAGCUAUAUUUAGAAGUUCAUGUGCCAUAGAUAUAAUGUACUUUCCGUUUGAUGUCCAAACGUGCAAAAUGAAAUUUGGUUCAUGGACAUACGAUGGAUAUAAAAUUGACCUUGAUCUUGUUUAUAACGUUAGCACUGGAUUUGAAAUGACAGAUUAUAUUAAAAGUAACGAAUGGGAAAUAAUUUCCUCCCGAGCUAAGAAGACUGUCUUCCGAUAUGCAUGUUGUGAUGAGCCUUUUGUGGACCUCACCUUUCACUUAAAGAUAAAACGUCAGCCAGCCUUUUAUAACUAUAUUUUAAUUUUACCAUGCAUUCUUCUGUCAUCUUUAACAUUAGUGUUGUUCUGGCUUCCACCAGAGUCUCCUGCCAAGAUGCAGCUCGGCAUGAAUAUUUUUGUAGCCUUCUUUGUUCUGUUGUUAUUAUUAGCCGAAUCAACACCACCAGCUGCCUCAUCUAUACCCCUUAUAGGUGCGUACUACUGUCUUAAUAUGAUACUGAUAACGCUGUCAACAUUUUUAUCAGUGAUCGUUGUAAAUUUGUACUUCCGGGGUUCCAGAACGGAAGUGCCAAAAUGUGUCAAAUCGCUUUUUGUAAACGGAUUUGCCAGAAUUCUAUGUAUGAAAGGACAAGUGUCUUACAAUUCCUGUUCAACAGAUACAUCACGAAUUACAAAUAAUAUCAAUAUGAAAAACAGAGAAAAACGAUUUAAGUAUGACAAAGUGGGUUAUUUUGAAACACAGACAGAGGACAGUUGGAAACCAAUGCAAAACGGUCUCCAAAAUACAGACGACGAACCAUGUCCUCCGAUUCCAACUAGUAUUUCUCAGACUCUUCUGUCGUCUGUAGAGGGAGAUGUCAAAGAAAUCAGAAACCAUUUGCAACGGUGGUCGGAUAAAACAGAAGAAAAAGAAAUUAAAGAAAGAAUAACACGAGAAUGGCGAAUUGUCGCCCUUGUUUUAGACCGCUUGUUCUUCUGCUUAUAUUUGCUUGUCAUUAUUGUAUCGAUAUGCACAGCUUUUCACAGAGCAAUUGUCAGUUUAUUUAAUCAAGAAGAAUAACAAAAUAUACAAAAGGGAAAUGGUAAUGUCGAGGGACAAAAAACUUGCUCUUUUAUAAAUACCCAGUCCAAAAGAAUUAUUUUUUCCUGAAAUAAAAAAUCUAUCUAUACACAUACAUGUAUACAAAUAUACGCGAUCGUUUACUAGUAGUUAACACGGUAUUCUGUAUGCGUCAUGCGCGGUGGUAUACAUUCAAAUGACUGUUUACGUUACAAUUGAUAUUAACGUCCAAUUAGCAUCCAGCAAUGCACAUAGACGGUAUACAUAAGCAUACUCUUUAAAUUUCACGGUUAAAAUAACAUUGAACAUAUAUCGGUAAGUGUAUUGUCCUCGCCAAGAAAAAGCAGAAAAUCUCGACGAAUAUCACUGUUCUUCCUGUUCCUAAAGCUAGUAGAAUAGAAUAUAGUUUGUCUGGUGACGUGUACUGGGGUAUUAUGUUUAAACAUGGUCUUAUUCAGUUCAUUUAAUUCAAUUCCAAAAACAACCAGAGUUUUUUCAAAUCUAAAAUGAUGUUUUAAUUAGGAACAGAACAUUUCAAUGUCAAGUUAGGAACAGCACAUUUCAAUGUCAAGAUUAAUCCUAUUUAACAUGUUGGAACGUGUUAUCAUUGUUAAAAACUGUGGCAAUGUUUAAAAUAAUUAGUUGUACUGUCAACCUAAAAUAACAAAUGACGUAAAAAACCUAAUUUACAUGGACGACACAACUAUUUAAUUUGUAAAGAUUAUUCUUUAGAUAGAUCAUACCAUGGUUAAUGAAUCUGAAACAGGCAGUAGUUAAAAAAAAUCGAAUAAAUUAUAUGUUCAUUCAUUUUCUGCAACCCAUAAUAAAAAGUACCGAACUCUAUAGAAAAUUCAAAACGGAAAGUCCCUUAUCAAAUGGCAAAAUCAAAAGCUCAAACACAUCAAACGAUUAGAAAACAACAGUCAUAUUCCUGACUUUGUACAGGCAUUUCCUUAUGUAGAAAAUGAUGGAUUAAACCUGGUUUUAAAGCUAGCUAAACCUUUCACGUGUAAAGACCGGAACUAAUUUUAUCUUUUUAAUUAGUUUGAUCUUACAAAAUUUUGAAAGUCAAUAAACAAGUUUCAAGUCACAUCUAAUUACUGUUACUAAACUGAUUGUUCGAAGCAAACCAAAUAACUUAAUAAAGUUAUAUAAUUUCAUUUUUUUUCAUAUUACACAAAAAAAGUGAGCAUCGAAAAUAGCUUAUCACAGCCUUUCGUCUGUAGAUUGACAAUGCAUGAAAAUGAUUCACGUAAACUGUUUCCGUGUUAAAGCUAACAUUUUUUUUGGAAUCUUAAUAGAUUUUCAUGUUCAUAUAAGCUUCAAAUCUAAUACUGUUUGGGUUAAAAUAGUAAAUUGUACCUAUCAAAUGCCAUAUAUGUGGUUUACACAAUAAAACAUUGUAUGAAAUGA